AUGACAUACACAGCUCUCCAGAUGUUCAUGGAGAACUUGAACAAUCUGAUUUACUGCAACCAUAAUCCACUCAUCAACAACAAUCCAUCCAUUUUAUCUGAAAGGCCUCAAUUCCAAUGGCUUUAUCAAGAAUUUGGCAACAUGAUCCAAACCCUUUUCAUCCAUAAACAUCAUCACCUGCAUGAGCUCCAAAAACUCAGAUUUCUCAAGAGAAGAUUCACAGAUGCAGCAGAAGAAGCACAAGAUGUCAUUGAUCUAUUUCUAUCUGCUCAUCACUUUAGAAACAAUAUUGGAAUUCUCCGUAGAUCUGAUGUCUUUAAAACCUCCCUGGAUCUUGAGAAGAUAAUGAGAUCAAUCGAGUCUAUCAAGGUGGAACUCAUGACUAUCAACAUGGAUAACAUGGAGAUGGAUUCGUCAUCAAGAAUCGACCGCCCCAAAACCCGUUCUGCAGCUGAUGCCGCCAAGACUUUCUACACCAGAAAUCCUUAUGGAACUAAGAAACCAUCGGAAGAAAUUGUUGUGGGGCUUGAUCGUGAUGCUGAGCUCAUACGCGACAAACUUGCUGAAGAUACAAAGCAACUAGGCAUCGUGUCUAUUGUUGGUAUGGGGGGACUUGGUAAGACUACCCUAGCUACCAAACUAUUCAAUGAUCGUUUCGUUGUGUAUCAUUUCCAUAUUCGUGCAUGGGCCACCGUUUCUCAAACAUAUAUAAAACGGGAUUUCUUGAUUCAAACUCUAACAUCCAGCAAUGUUCGACAAGACCUUCUAGAAGCUAGCGAUUCUCAACUUCGUGAAAAGUUGCACAAGCACCUAAUGGGCAAGAGAUUUUUGAUUGUGAUCGAUGAUAUCUGGAGCACUGAGGCUUGGGAUGAAUUGAAAUUACUUUUUCCCCAUGAGAACACUGGAAGUAGAAUUUUGCUCACAAGUCGCCUCAAUGAAGUCGCUUUGCAUGCGAAGCCACACGGAUUUGUCCACUCACUGUCUUAUCUGACAGAAGAACGAAGCUGGGAACUACUGCGCGAGAAGGUGUUCCAUGGUGAUGAGUGUCCCAAAUCGUUGAUUAAACCUGGAAUGCAAAUUGCAAAAAACUGUCGGGGACUACCUCUUUCAGUGGUUGUCAUGGCUGGAGUUCUAGCAAAGGAAGUAAUGAGUAAAGAUUUCUGGGAAAAAAUUGCUUCCGGUGUCUGUUCGUAUAUUGUUAGCGACCAGAAAGGAACCAUGGAAACGCUAGCUUUAAGUUACCACCAUUUACCUCAUCACUUGAGAGACUGCUUUCUUUAUCUAGGAGGCUUCCCAGAAGACUUUAGGUUCGUUGUAGAAAGGUUGAUAUGGUUAUGGGGGGCUGAGGGAUUUAUCGAAGAAGUGGGAAUUCGAAGCAUGGAGGAAACUGCAAAGGCAUACCUUUUGGAUCUAGUCGACAGAAAUCUUGUAAUUAUUGCAGAAAGGAAGUUUAACGGUGAUGUCAAAGCUUGUAAACUCCAUGAUCUCGUGAGGGAACUAUGCCAGCAAAAAGCGAAAGAAGAAAGAUUCUUCCAUAAAAUAGACCCGCCACAGCUGUUUUCUCAACCUCCUGAGGUAACGAUAGCGUAUAAGCAACGCCGUCUAUUCACAAAUCAAGAUAUCACAUUCAUGAACUUCGCUCGUCCCCCCACCCCAAGCAUUCGAUCGAUUUUGUGCUUUCAUCAGGGUAGAUGCAUGAUUAACAAAGUUGCAAAGAAUUUACGUUGCUUUGCGCUUCUUCGGGUGUUAGAUCUACAAACUUGUGAAUUACAUUACUUUCCACAAGGGAUAGCAGUACUGGUUCACCUAAGGUACCUUGCUAUGAGGUAUUCAUUAGGUUUUCCAUCCUCGAUAUGCAAUUUAUGGUGCCUUCAAACCCUCAUUCUUAAAAAAUAUCGCGGCUCUAUAAAUUUACCUCGUAACAUGUCAGAUUUGGUGAAUCUGAGGCAUUUGUGGAGUAACGCGGAGCUUAUUAUUCCUACCACUGAAAAACCGAUGAAAUUGCUAUCCAUUUCGGAAGUGAGAUAUGGAGAUGGGGUGGAUAUGUUUGGGAAAUGUUUUCCAAGCAUCAAGAAGCUUGUAUAUGUUAUUAUCCCAGGUGAGGAAUGUCACUUUGAAUUACUCCCUUCCCUUGAAACAUUGAAGUUAAGGGUGUCGGGCUACCCCAAAGACGAACCGAACUUUCGACAGAUCAAUCACAUUUGGUUCCCUGCAACAUUGAAAAAACUUACGCUAGAAAGGUGUUGUCUACCUUGGAGCGCGAUGUCGAUCAUUCAGUCGUUACCUAAGCUAGAGGUUCUCAAACUAAAAGAAGAUGCCUUUGAGGGAACACAGUGGAAUACAGGUGAGAAGCAGUUUCCACAAUUGAAAGUCUUGAGACUUGAGGAGUUAAAUAUCAAACAUUGGGUAGCUUAUAGUACAAGCUUCCCAUGUCUCAAACGAUUAUCAGUGUGGAUGUGCGACAAUCUUGAAGAGAUCCCCCUUGAAAUAGGGGAAAUCGCAACGCUUGAGCUUAUUGAAACAGACAGCUGGAACUACUCUAUUGUGGAAUCUGUCAAAAGAAUUCAAGAAGAACAACAUGACGAGGGGAACACUGAGUUGAAGAUUACUGUUGAUGGAAUGGAGUUACCCACUUAUUUAUCUGUGCAUGAGGGUUCAGAAUCAGAGAUUGAAAUAAGCUCACCAUUUUCGAGUGGCCACCAUUAA